AUGAAUGGUACAGAAUUAGUUGUUGCAAGCACGGGAGAAAGAGAUACAGAGAUCGAAAAAAAGAAGAUAUUUUCAAGAACAAAACAAAUACUGGCCACUUUAGCUAAUGUGAAAGAUUAUUGGAAAGAUGCUUCUCAUAGAUUGAAAUCCUAG